AUGCUAAUUUUCUUAUUUUUGCUAAACAUUGACCAAGAUUCUAUUGAUUUUCUGGUUGUAUGUCAUGGUCUUUGUAUAAUAUCAUUUUCUACCUUUUAAUGUGUCUUUUAAAGUUUCUUUCCCUUUCUCUCUUUCUUCCACACACUAAUAAGUUUAUUUACUACUCCUACAUAUCAAAACCCAUUUGGCCAUAAAAGAUUUUCCUCACUAGAUAGAUUUUGAACUAUCCAUUCUCAUAUCUCUUUGAAGAUUCUCUUCCUCACAGGGAAGCCUUCUCCUCUUCUUGAUUCACAUUUUGAAUUUAAGCUUCUCAAAGUAUCUCCAACAAAACUAAAUCCUAGUUAUUAAAAAGGAGAACUAAAAAUGGCUACGUUAGGAGGUGUUCUUGUUUGUUUACUCAUUGCAGCCUUAGAUGUAGCUGCUGCAAUCCUCGGAAUUCAAGCAGAAGUCGCUCAAAAUCAGUACACGAAUCUGGGGCUAUCUGACUGCAGAGAGCCGAGCAACGACGCGUUCAGGCGAGGUCUAGGUGCAAUAGCGAUGUUGGUAAUAGCUCAGGUCCUCAUCAAUUUGUUCGGAGGCUGCCUUUGUAUUUGCUCUCAAGAGUUUCAAAGAUCUUCUUCCAUUAAGCAAAUCUCCAUGGUUUGUCUCGUGUCCACUUGGAUUGUAGUCGUCGUUGCAUUUCUGACAUUGGUGAUUGGAACGUUGACGAACAGCAAGUCGAGUUCCUCUUGCGGACUCGCACAUCUCCAUUUUCUCUCCGUUGGAGGGAUCUUGUGUUUUCUUCAUGCCCUGUUGUGUGCUGCUUAUUACGCUUCUGCCACUGCGGCUAAAGACGAAGCUGCUAAAGACGAAGCUGCGAAGCCUAUUUCAGCCUGAAAUUUACUGUGGUGCAUGAUAUUUCAUGAUUUUUUUUAUUAGUGUGUAUUUCUUAUUGAAUUAGAUAAAAUUUUAAAAAUACUACAUACACUUUACUCUGUUAUUUUUUUUUUAUUCACGAACUUUAUACUAGUGCAUAUUUUAUAAUAAACUAAACAAAAAUUCAAAAUACUAUAUAAAUUCUCAAAAUCGUGUUUAUAUAUUUA